GUUUUUCUGUAGAUUUUCGUCACACCUCUGUUGUUUGUGUGUGGCGCGUGUGUCAAUGUCAGGCGAAAGAAAAUAUUUGUUUUGAGUAUAAAUGUCACUAUCGACUGAAAGACAUGAAGGAUGAGUGUAACCUCGAAAAACAAUUACGAAUUAAGUCCCGCAACUACUCCUGGAUCUUCCAUAGAUGAAGAAAAAUGCUUGGUGCCUUAUCAAAUAAGUCCUCAAUUUAGAAAAAAAUGGAUUAGGUGGGAAAAUACCCCUUUUGGUAUUUUGGCCAUUAGUUUUAUUCAGCUUUUGAUACACAUAUUCGCAACUGCUAGCCUUCGAAAAGCCUUACGGUUCGAACCGGACAAACGAAUCGAACUAUGGAGAUUUUUUACGUAUAUGCUGAUCCACGACGGUUGGUACCAUUUUAUGCUGAAUAUAGUAAUUCAGUGUAUUUUUGCAGUACUUCUUGAAAAAAGACAGGGACACCUUCGGGUCCUUAUUCUAUAUUUCCUUGGAGGGUUUACAGGUGUCCUUGGAGCCUCAUGUGUUCAUCCUGAUCUUGUGAUAGGGGCGUCGGCUGGUGUUUAUGCCCUCUUAAUAUCCAAUAUUCCUGAUAUUAUUUUAAAUUAUACCAAAAUAAAUUAUAAAAUCUACCGAAUAGUUGCCAUAGGAAUUUUAGUACUCUUUGAUAUAGUAUAUAACAUAGUUCAUAUAUACACGAAAAAGGAACCUGUCAUAUCAUGGGAAGCACAUUGCGUUGGUGGUGUUGCCGGUCUUCUCUUGGGAUUCAUAAUAUACAAAAAUGGUGAUAAGUGCCAAAACUUAACUGUCAAUAGAACGUUAUUUUGGAUAAGUGUGAUAUUUUAUGCUUUUAUUGUAAUUGGCUUCGUGAUAGUAACUUUGCAAAUUAAAAAAUGUACUCCUUCUAAUAUUAUUCAUUUUAGAUAUGUUUAUGUUUGUUGAUGAAUCUGUUUUAUUCUGUUAAAACUUAUUUAAAAUUUAAAUAUGUAAUAUGUAUACCUACUUAUUAAAAAAUACAAUAUUACUGUUAUCGGUUUCUGGUUUUUAAAAAAUAUUUGGUAAAAAAGAUAGAUAUACUAAACGUCAUUGUGGUUUAACAAGGUAUGAUAUUACGUGGCUAUAUAUAUAUAUAUAUAUAUAUAUAUAUAUAUAUAUAUAUAUAUAUAUAGGAUCAGGAUUAUUCGACGUUGGCGAUGACCAUUGCGCGGGCUUCUCGAUUUUCUGCAAUAUGAAAUAAUUGUCUUGUAUUUGAUAUCUGAGUCCAUUCACGAAUGUUUUUUAACCAAGAGACUUGUUUUCUUCCUACACCUCUACGGCCCUAUAUUUUGCCUUUAAGGAUCAGUUGUAAUAUUUUAUAUCCCCCUUCCCUUAGUAUAUGUCCCAGAUAAGACAUUUUUUGAGUCUUUAGCAGUUCUCUAUCUUUGUUGACGCUCCUUAGUACUUCGUCAUUAGUUUUCCUUGCUGUCCAAGGUAUCUUCAGCAUUCGUCUAUGAAUCUACAUUUCCAAUGCUUCAAUUUUGUUCAUGAUCGACACUUUUAGCGUCUACACUUCUGCACUAUACAAAAGUACGGACCGAACAUAGCACUUAACCAUUCUUCGUCGUGGUUCUAAACUGAGAUGAUUAUUUCAGAGAAAUGUCUUCAGUUUCAAAAAAGUAGUUUUAGUCAUUGCUAGGCUACGUUUUUGGUCCAUUAUCACAGUUCCCAAAUACGUCACUUUGUCAACUUUCUCAACUUGGACUCCGUUUAAUUGGAGCUUUGCAACGGGAUGUGGGUCACAACUAAACACUCAAAUUUUGGUUUUGUUUGAGUCUAUUUUAAUGCUUAUUACUUCUCCUACCUCGUGAAUACGAUCAAGCAGAAUUUGGGGACCUUCAAUAUUAUCUGACAGAACUACUUUAUCGUCUGCAUAUUUAAGUGCCUUUUUAAAUAACUAGUCCGAGUAAACAUUGAACAAUGUUGGCGACAAAAUGCAACUUUGUCUGAUUCCUUGUUGUAUGAAGAUUUAAUCGGUGUAGUUAUCUCCAAUUUUUUACGAUGACAGUUUGAUUCCAGUAUAAAUCUUUAAUGACAUGAAUAUCCUUAUCAUCUAUUCCGAUAUUUUUCAGUAUUUGCAUUAAUUUUACAUGCUGUACUUUAUCGAUUGCCUUUUCGUAGUCCACGAAACAUGCAAAUUCAACUUUUCUUGGCAUUUUUGUAAUAGGAUGUUAAGCGCAAAAAGUGCCUCUCUGGUUUCCAUAGCAUUUCUAAAACCAAAUUGGGUAUCUUCGAGAUCUUCGCAUUUGCGUCUAAUUCUGUUGGGAAGUAUUCUUAGGAAAAUGUUAAGAGUGUGGCUCAUUAGGCUAAUUAAUCGAUAUUCUGAGCAUUUUCUCAUAUUGUGUUUUUUAAGUAUUGCGACGAAGAUGGAUUUGAGCCAAUCUGUGUGAAUCACUCCGGUGUUGUAUAUUGAAUUAAAAAUCUUACUUACUAAUACUUUUAUGUCAUUAUCCUCUAUUAGUUUCAGCAACUCAGUUGGUGUAUCAUCUAGACUACAAGCUUUGUAUGCUUCUACCUCGCAUUUUAUAAUUUCUGGACUGUCGGUACAGUUUUGGUAGAAUUCGGCAAUAUUAUUUCUGCCAUUCUUUUCUGAUUUCGUGCUCAUAUACAUUAAUUUUGUUAUUAUUGUCAACGUGUACAGAGGGAACUCGUUUUUUUAAAUACGUUACUCAUUUCUUUUAGUUUUUUGUGCACAUUAAAUAAGUCGUGUUUAGAUAUUACAUCCUCUAUUUCGUCGAACCUUUCUCUCAAUAAUUUUUAUUUGAUUAAUUUGAUCUCCUUUUUUGCAGGUGUCUAUAUUCUGUUUCAUUAGAUUUUAUCAGUCAACGUUGUUCCAUUAAUUUCAAGAUGUCGUCUGUCAUUCAUUUAUUUUUCUUGAUUAAGUUUUUUCUAUAAUCAUUGUUUGUGGAGAUUUCGUUAACUUGGUUUUUAAGUUUACUCCAUAGUUCUUCUGGAUCUUCAAGUUGUUCUCCGAUGUUUCUUAUUCUAUUGUUAAAUUCUUUUUUAAUGUAAUAUUUUAUAUCGUCAAAGUUAAGUACAUUGGUUUUUGGUUUUUGUCGCUGAAUUCGUUUUAACCUUAAUUUAAUACCUGCCACAAGUGUUUGAUGAUCAGAUCCAAUAUCUACCCCAGGAAAUGUAGUGACUCUUUUGACGUCAUUUCGGAAACGCUCAUUUACAAGUAUAUAGUCUAUUUGAUUUCUUGAGGACUCACGGUUAUUGCCAUCAUCAAAUGGUGCUUUCCAAGUAUAUAGUCGUCACUUGGAUAGUUUAUACCAGGUGUUUGCAAUGAUCAUAUCGUUUUCUUUACAAAAUUCAUACAAUCUCUAUCCUCGAUCGAUAGGUUGUCCUAGACCAUAAGGACCUACAGCCUGACCAUGGCGACCUUCUCCAAUUUUUGCAUUGAAGUCGUCUUCAACAAUUAUGGCAUAUACUGACGAAAUGGACCUGAUUGCUCGUCCAAACCGAAAUAUUAAGGAAGCGUUUACUUGCUUAUAACUGCCGUAGAAAAUAUGGGCCUUUUAAUAAACGAAGAGAAAACUAAAAUAAUGAUAUCCAGACUAUAUAGCGAAGAUAGGGAGACAAACACUGGCAGAGCUCCCGCAUAUCUGGAUAUCGACUGAUACUCUCAGUUGCAUUACUUAGUUUUCAGUUUUCAGUAGUUUACUUUGGGGGGGGGGGUGGUACAUGU